AGGUGGAACAGGAUCCACACUCCUGUUCAUCACAGAGCAUGAACACUGACGAUCAGACGGGAGGACGGGCGUGUGUUUGAUGAGCUGAGAAAGAUUCACUGGAGAAUAAACCACAAACAGGUCGAUCCCUAAUCUGGAGGAAGAGGACGUGAAGGACAAUUUGAAUGUCCCUGCGGUUGAUUGGCUGCUCCUAUAACCUUCCACUGAACAAAGAGAACUUCAUGUUACGACCUCAAAGCCGCGUGUUUGGACUCCAGCAGGUCUUCAGUCAGUCUCAUUGAUGGCAGGAGCAAACCCACUGAUCCGAGCUCAGAACACAUUCCACAGCCUGCAGUCUGCUCCGUACACUCACAGCCUGGUUCAUCACCACCAACACAUGCAUCAGCACACUCAUCAGCACUGCUCCUUCACUCCCAUCCUGCACCAGCACGCCACCGUCCCACAUGUUCCAGCUGUGCAGCACAGAAAUUUGAACACAGAUCACACCAGAGGGACCAUGAGGCCUCCUCUGGCUCCAGCCACUGCGUUCCACUCAGCCGCACAGACGUCCUGCAGGACAAAACGAGGGAGGUGGUGUGCGCUGCAUGUUUGCAUCGCAUGGAAGACUUAUUACCACAAACGACUCCAGAAAAUGCAGCAAAAGCUCAACAGUCUCCAUCGAGAGUCGACACCUGAGAGUCCGUCUGCCGUCAGUCCACCAGAGUCACAACAACACGAACAGUCAGAGCGGCAGCUCUCAUACAAACAUACAAACACAGCCUGUGACCAGUCAGCGGACAGAAACUCUGGUGACACGUGUGAAACAAGAAUCACAUCUUCACCAGCGUCUACGACAAAGAGAGACAAACUGGAGCGGCUUGUGCACCUGCAGUGGAAAGAGAGACGGGAUGAUAACAAACAUGGGAACCAACAGUUUGACACGACGAAGGAUUUAACGCUUAGAGACGAAUCAUGGGAUCUAGCCGCAACUCCUGAACUUGGCAGCAGGCGCGGCUCACAUGGCAGGAAGAGGCGGCUCCUGUGCGACAGCUUCAUUAAAGGGAAAAGGGUGAAGCAGGAUAUUGUGGACCACCGGUUUCCUUAUGCUAAAAUUUGGCCAAACAAUCCGUCUGCGUUCAGCGUAACUCAUACACACCUGUCCCCCUGCACACCUGUGCAACACGCCAACUUUAGUGGUUUGUCUGUCUUGUAUCCUGACAGCAGCAGAUUCAAUGUUUCCAGCACGUCUGGAGGUCUCGCCCCUUAUCCAGGGGUGGCAAUGCAACACUGCCAAAGUGCAUCAUGGGAGCCAAGGUGGGACAUUAACAACAGACAGGCUCCCCACUCCGGUAUACCUGUUGUGCCUCUGGUCCUGAGGAAGCAGGAGGCUGCUUACAUCAGAGGCUGGGACGCGUCACGAAAACUGUUGCCUCCACCACCACAGGCGGCCAUUCCCUCACUCUGGCUUUCUAACACGUGGGGCGCUGAGUCUGCAGGGACCCUCUGAAAGAAGGAGAGCAGCUUUUCUCAUAACAACAAUCCCUCACCACGUGCAUUGUGUCUGCUCAGUUCACUGGUCACUGGAAGCGUUUGAAUAAUUCUUGAGGAGACGCUCUUUAGGCAGCUUUAAGUAGCCGAUCAUUGUUCAUAAUAAAGCUCACUGGUCUUUUAAUAAGAUCUUUAGAUGCAUUUUGGCAGCUUCUUGGUUAUUUGGAAACUAUUUGUUCCUUUGUUAAAUUUGUUGUAUGAUUAAAAAUAUUCCGAUGAGUGUAUUUGCACAUUUUUUUGAGUUGCAUACAAAAGUUAUAUAUUCAUAUAUUCAGUGGAACA